CUUUUUUUCCAGAACAUAUUUGAAAUAUUUAAGGGAGCAACAUUCGUCAAACGCUCAAACAUAAGUUACUUAUUUCUACAUUCUAUACACAAAAUACAUUACAACAAUGUCUACGCCCAGAAGAAGAAUCGAAACUGACGUUAUGAAACUCUUAAUGAGCGACUAUGAAGUUACGUUAGUUAACGAUAAUAUGCAAGAAUUCUAUGUUCGUUUUCAUGGACCUAGUGAUACGCCUUUCAGUGGAGGGGUAUGGAAAGUACAUGUAGAGUUACCUGAUCAGUAUCCAUAUAAAUCACCUAGCAUUGGUUUUAUGAACAGAAUAUUUCAUCCCAAUAUCGAUGAAGUGAGUGGUUCUGUUUGUUUGGACGUCAUCAAUCAAACCUGGAGUCCAAUGUUUGAUAUGAUUAAUAUUUUUGAAGUCUUUCUUCCUCAACUACUCAGAUAUCCCAACCCAACAGAUCCUCUAAAUGGUGAAGCAGCUGCAUUAUUAAUGAGAGAACCCGCUAAAUAUGAUAUCAAAGUAAAAGAUUACGUUUCUAGAUAUGCUACAAAAGAAGCUGCUGACGCUGCAGCGGAUGAAAGUGAUGAUGAUGACGAUAUGAGUUCCGUAAACUUUGAUGAUUCCUCAGAGGAUGAAGCUGCUGGAAUGGAGCUGUAACCAUAUUUAUACAUAUCGCACUUUUUUUUAUUUUGAAAAUACACGCACCGCAUAUUUAUUCAUCCUCCCCUCUCCCUAUAACCGGAAUAUAUCGAAUCUGCCCGCCACUUCGCUCUACUGAAGACACACAUCGUUUAUAUACAUUUUCAGCCAUAACCACCCUCCCCAUUCUCCUAAUUUGUUACUCAGUAGUUCUACAUCUGUUAAUAAAUUGAAAGUAGCUAUAUAAUAACUCUCAAAUAGCUUAUUUAUGUUUGUUACGCAAAAAAAAAAAAUGAAAAUAAGAGACAGCAUGUUUGAGACUGACAAAACAGACCACCCAGUCAUAAUAUGCAAGUAUAGCACACAUUAGAAUAAAGCUAUCAGACUUAAUAAUUUGCUCCAUAUGAAAAUUUCAAAGAAC